AUGUCAUUGUUUAUUUGUCCACUAUGUUCUACUAAUCGUGAAUUCUCAACUUUUUUAAAACUAUUUCGGCACAUUACUGUGUUUCAUCAAAACGAACCCAGAUUCGAAAUUACGUGUAAUUUGGAUGUCUCAUGUGGUGUUUUAUAUCGUACAUAUUCAGCUUAUAAAUCUCAUGUAUAUCGUCAUCAUGCACACCAUCUUCAUUCAACACAAGAAAUCGCUACAAAUUCUAACAUUAUUUUCAACAACAAUGUUCAACAUAAUAAUCAAGAUUCCAAUGAUGACAAUGAUAAUCUUGAUCUCUUCGAAGACCAUGCUGAAUCUGAUUCAUUGAACAGUGAAGAUGAAGAAGAUAAUCACUACACCACAUUAUUAGCUUCAAAUAAUAAUCGAGAAAAGAAUACAUUGUCUUUAUUGGACGUCAAAAAAUCUUAUAUUUCAUUUAUUUUACAGUUACGAGAAGAGUUUUUCUUACCGAAGAAUACUACAAAUGUUAUUUCGACAUAUAUCGUAACAUUAAUUAAUCAUUUAGAAGUUUUACUCGAAGAAAAAGCAUUUAUGAAUCAAUCAAAUAUUCUUUCAUCAACUCAAACAUCAAAUGGAAUGGUUGUUGAGUUACAAGCAUUGAAGAAAACUAUGAGCGAGAUAUCGAAUGAAAUACAAAGCACUACUAGAAAUGAAUAUCAAUUUAUAAAAAAUUGUCAAAAGUAUUUUGAUUAUCAUGCACCUGAAGCUAUUCCAAUAUCUACCGACGAUGAACAACUGGAACACGGUUAUUAUAUACCUAUUCAUAGAACGUUGUCAUCUGUAUUAUGUUCAAAAGAUUUUUCAAUUCAAAUUAUUGAAAAUAUUCAGCAGCAAAGAAUAGCAGUAGAAAACGAUGAUGAUCUAAUGUUGUCGUUUAGAGACAGUACUUUUGGUAGUAGAAUUGAUGAUAAUAGUUUGAUGAUUCAGCUCUACAUGGAUGAUAUCGGAUUGACUAAUCCUAUCGGCGCAAAAAAAGACCAUCAUAAGAUGGCUAUGAUUUACUUUUGUCUUGAUGAUACACCUGAACAAUAUCGAUCUCAACUUGAUUGUAUUUAUUUAGUUGGAUUAUGUCCAACCAGCAUUCUAAAGGUAAAAUAUCUAAUUGAAAUUAAUUAA